AUGCACAAACGAUAUGAAUUUCAAGAACAAUUUAUUCUAGCUGAUAAACUUCUUACAGAUGAUGAAAAAACUGAAGCAAUAAAUUAUAUAACUGAAAAUUAUGACCGAAGUAAAAUUUUUUUUAAUUCAGGAACAAAAAGAAUUUGUGAAAAUUGUAAUCAAGAAUGUUUAGCAACAUUAUAUUGUGAAUAUUGUGUUCGAAAUUAUUUAAAAGCAAAUUUUAAAAAUUGGACAUCCGGAAAUAAUGAUAUUGAUAAUUUAAUACAGAAAUGUCAAUUGGAAACACGUAUACCAAAAAUGGUAGUUGAAUGGAUUCCAUAUAACAAUCUAAAAAAUAUUAAAUAUCUAACAAAAGGUGGAUUCUCGGAAAUUUAUACAGCAGGUUGGAUUGGUGGAAGUUAUGAAAAAUGGAAUUCUAAUGAACAGCAAUUAGAAAGAUUUGGUACUAUUGCAGUAAUACUUAAAAAAUUAGAAAAUGUUGAAAAUGCUAAUCAAAGUUGGUUUGAAGAG